UUAUAUCUUCCUGAUUCAUAUUCCGUUCUUGGUCCGCCAUCUGAUCGGGUUAAUCCCAUCAUUGGUGCUUCCAUUGAGAGAAUACUGUGAGAUAAGGCUGUGAGAUUAUGGCCGGACGAAGGACGAGACGUAACCCUGCUACUUCUGCCCAGUUGACGGUGAGGAGUGACAACCCUGAGCAGGGUAUGAUUGUUCCUGUCAAUGGGUUGGAAACAGCGCUAAAUAAUGUGGCUAACAUGAUGGCAAACAUUAUGGAGCGAUUGGAUAAGGCUCUUCCAGGUCCAUCCGGAACCCGGGAUAUCCCACCCGGGCAACCCCGCCAGGUCCUGCGUACUGCGAGUUCUCCUAUCCUACAGGAGCUCCACGAUCCGGAGGAGGUUGAGAGGGAAAGGCGAGCCAUUGACAGACGCCGGGCGGAGGAAUUGGCCCGAAACAACAAGGUGAACGAAGGCCAGGCUAAGGAUCCAAGCCGGAUCUUCGGCGAUGGACACGAAAAUCCGCGGGGAUCUGUCUUUGAAAGGAUAUCUCGCUAGAAAGCUCACGUUAGUGAGAGGCUGGGGAAGAAUCCGGAAAAGGCACCCCAGGGUUGGAUACGGUCUCAGGCCAGCCAAGUGGCGUCCUCCAAUCGCGAACCCCGGCAGCGAAAUGACCGAGGCGUAAGGCAAAUGCCGGUCCGGUCAUUGCGGAAUCUGGAGGAGGACGAGGUUCAAAGCCAAGCCAGGGUCCCAGCACCGCGGCGUCUGGGACCGCCGGUGCCGGAAGCUGGUGAAUUUCAAGACCUGAGACAGCAGAUCCAGGAGAUGCAGAGGAAGAUAAACAAGGGUCGAGUAUUCACUACUCGAACGAAUACUCCCUUGGCUUCAGA